AUGCGUGAUAUUAGUCUUUUCUUAAGUGCAGCCAUGAAUGGUACAACAAAACGCCAUCCAACAAGCCUUGAGCUUAUCCUAUUUCUCCUUCAUCUUCAUGUGAUGUGCAAUGCACUUCACAUUGGGGAUAUUAUGCAACACUUGAAUGCGGAAUAUGGAUUUCAAACUAAUUUGAUAAUUGAUUUGACUGACAACGAGCACACAUGGGAGUUUCUGGAAAAAUCUUUAGAAAGUAAAGUUCCGAAGAUACUAAUAACCCAUUUGGAUGCGACAGCCAGUAAUUUGUACAAGCUCUUCAAUAUGGAAAUUCUAAGCAUAGUUCGCAUGGAUGUGAUGCAUCUGAAUCUUACUCUUAAGCUCAUGGAUGAGUUGCUGUGGCGUCGUCAUUAUACCAAAAUUAUUGUGGACUUUCAUGGGGAAGGUGCGAAGGAUGCAAACAACGAAUUGCCCUAUAUUUUCCACAGAUUUUGGCAACAAGGUCAUACCUUGGUUUUGCUGCAUUGGCGCAAUGCCACCUACACGUACACGCCCUAUCCCAGCAUUCAAGUGCAUUCGCUGGCGAACCUUUGGGAUUUUCAAAAGCUUUGGCAAAUGCGAAAUUUUCAUCAGUACGUAUUUAAGAUACCCUUUAUGGAGUUCCCACCUCGCUGCUUUAGCUACCGCAAUCGUAAAGGUAAUCUCAUCAGAACGGGCAACUUCUAUAAAAUUAUAGAGGGAUUCAUUGAGCAAUACAAUGGCAGCAUGGAAUUUGAAUUCUUUGAUAUUUGGAAUAUGGGUCUGAACCGAGACUAUGCAAACGAAAAGAUCAGCAAUGCAGGAUUUCGGUUCAUACCAACGCAAAUGGCUUACAGUGAAAUGUACGAUAGCAGCGAUGCUUUACACUUUGGAAAAAUCUAUUUUAUAGUCCCCGCCAGCAAGGAGAUCAAUCAAAGCCUAUAUCUGUUCGUUUCCUUUAAUCUUCAUAUGUGGAUGAUGGUGGCCAUGCUGCUCCUUAUUCUAUUCCUGUUUAUUGUUGUUGUCAAUUAUCGCAAGUAUGGAAAAGGAAACUUUGUGGAAUCCGUUUUUCAUGCCUUCAAGAUCAUAAUUUUUAUAUACGAUGAAGUUUUCGUGGGCAAGACACUUUUCAAUUUUAUGCUGCACCUGCUGUUUCUUAUCGUUGGAUUAUUUCUGACCAACAGCUAUGUCUGCAACCUCUCCAGCAUGUAUACAUCGCGGAUGUAUGAGCCCGAGUUGAUGACCUUGAAUGACAUAAGACUAACUAAGUUAGGCAUCCAUGUAUUCGGUUUGGACUACGAUCAGUUUUUGAGCAUAGAAAACAUGCCGCCUGUCAUCUAUGAUCGCAUGUUUGUGGGAAAUGAUACCGAAUUUUUCGCCUAUCGUCAAAAAUUGCAACUGGUGAAUAUUUACAUGGGUGGCGAUGACAUCAUCGAUUACUUGUUCUUCCAGCAGCUGUACAUGAGGAAACCUUUGGCCAAAUAUAUAUCGGAGCCUAUGUAUACCCUGGUCUUUUCCAUAACCAUUCCACAUCGUUCACCCUUUAUUGAGUUCUUCAAUCGCUACUUAUCCUAUCAGAAGGACAAUGGAAUCUUGAACAAAUUUAAGAGGGACAGCCAAUGGGAUGGUGUGAUAAGCUCGUCUCUUAAAUUCUUUCAGGAUCCCAUAACAAAUCGUUCCAUGUCCAUGGCAUAUUUGCAAUAUGGUUUUGUUAUUUGGAUUAUUGGAAUGUUUACGGGAUCUUUUGCUUUUAUGUUUGAGCUUUAUUGCUCCAAAAGAAGAGUUAAUCAAAGAUUGUAA